GGAAGCGGAAUGUUUACCCACGUUGUAGUUCCGCACAUGAGAGCAGGAUGGUGCGGCUGAAAGCGAGGUAUUUGCUGUGUGAGGUGUGCGUUUCGGAGAGAAGUAAGCUCCAGCUUUUGGAGGAAAGGGCCAUUUUCCAAGCAGUUAGAGCCGCAGUGGUCAAAGCUCACGGCGAAUACGGAGCAGCGCUGUUCAGCAUCGGCACUGGAGUGACGUACCUGAAUGCCUACACCGGGGUGGUCAUCCUGCGGUUCCGGAAAGCCCACUACCAGCUCCUCUGGUCUGCCCUUCCCUUCAUUAACUUCAUAGAGAGCCAAGGCCAGAAAGUGCCCUGCUUCUUCAACUGUAUACAUGUUGGAGGAACCAUUAGAACAUGUCAGAAGUUUCUUGUUCGAUACGGCAGACAACAGCUGUAUCGAAUGCUGCCACACUGUAAGACGGAGGCUGAAAAACAAGAGGUGAGGAGAGCGGUGUUCAGUUGUUCUCAAAGGUUGUACAAAGUCACACAAGAGCAAUGUGAAGAUGAUGAUGAUGAUGGCGAAGAGAGUGAAGAAGAGCAGACCUAACUACUUUUGUGCCAUAGACCACAUUUGUGGAAAGACAUGCUUAUUUAUUCCUAUUAUUUCAAGUUUCUUAACCUUCAAGCCAGGAGAGAAGAGUCGUUUGUACACACAGUUAUUAUAAGGCUAGUAGUUAGAAUGUUUACAUUACAUUAAAAUAAAAGUGCAAACUUCAUUUUGGAAACAUUAUUUGUGUUAUCGCUUUAUAAAAACCUGAUAUUUGCGAUAAAUAACCAGUUUCUGUUCGUAUGUUUUGGAAUGUAGUAACCUGUAUAAUAAAUUGAAUAAUUA